AUGGCGAAGAGAAGUGACAAAAAGAACACGCCAAUUGACAGGCAUAAAGUGUUCGUCCGGAAUAUCAGAGAAAACGAUGUAGCCCCCCUGGAGGAAGAAUUUAAAAAAAUAUGUACCAAAUAUUUCUUCUUUAAAAAUAAAAACAACUCCACAAAAAGUGCCAUCUGUUCCUUCAAAACAGAUCAGGACGCAGCAAAUUUUAUCCAACAUUACCACGACAAAAAAAUACAAACGAGCAAUAUAAAAUGUGAAUUUGCCUUUAGGAAAAAGUACAAUGAUAAAAAAUUAAUUUCUAUCACAUAUAGAAGACAAAAGAUUAACCACUUGAACUCCAUCCAAUUGUACACCAACUGUGAUCUGGACACCAUAGUUGUGUUAAGCUACUUGAAAAAUCUCUUCCUCUUGAAUAAACGCUUGUUAAUAAAAAGCCUAGAUGAAAAUAAUCAGACCGAGAGGAAGAAGACCUCAAGAGAGCUGGGGUCCCAAGACGAGGAUGGGAAAAGCCGUCCCGGGGAUAAUCACCAGAUUGAUAAAGACGAUGAUCAUUCAGAAGAAGAAGACACACAAAACAGUGACGGUGAUGAUGGUGACAAAUCUGACCAGCCAAGUGAUGCAGAUGACGUCCAAGUAAUUGUAGAAAAAAAACUCAAAGAGUUUGAAGAAAUUGUCCUACAUAUUGAAAAAACGAAUAAAACGCUAGAUAAAAAAACGAGGAAAAAAUUAACCGCAAAAAUGUCAAAAAAAAAUAAAGCGCUUAGUAAAAAUUGCUUUGUCUACACUGUGGAAUUUUUAAAUUUAAAAUUGGCUGCCCAUUUCUACACAUUUAUUAACAAAAAGAAUUUUUUAAAUUUCCUCGAAGAUAAUGUUAAAAAUGGGGAAAAAAAAAAAAAAAAUAAUGUCCUUUUUUUUCAUGAACUAUCCUACUUCAAUAAAAACAACAGGAGAGUCAUCGUAAAAAAUAUUAAACGGACAUGCCAUGUGGAAAAUUUACAAAAGCUUUUCAAACAUAUAGAAAAGGAUCCAGUGAUUUAUUUUCCCAAGAAAGAUAAUAAAAAGCAGGGCUACGCCCUCGUUACCUUCUCCAGCUACCAAAACGUGAAGAAGGCGCUUCUGCUGAACAAGUCCAAGGUCUGCGGAAGCACCAUCACCAUAGAGGAGGACAGAAAUCCACGGCUCCUCAAACUGCUCGGCGUGCAGCAGCCCGGUGCUGGGGAGAAAACUCACCAAGAAGGAGGCAACGGAGGGGCAGACAAAGAGGAUGAUGGGGAUAGGAGCAACGAAGAGACGGAAGAUGAAGAGCAAAGCGAUGAAGAAACGAACGAUGGGGAGAGAAGCAGCGACGAGGAAACAAACGAUGGGGAGAGAAGCAGCGACGAGGAAACAAACGAUGGGGAGAAAAGCAGCGACGAGGAAACAAACGAUGGGGAGAAAAGCAGCGAUGAAGAAACAAACGAUGGAGAGCGACAGGGUGAGCGAACCCGAGAACGCACGAACGACGUAGAGGAAGGAAAAACGCUGUUCAUCACAAACAUUCCAAUGGGGACCACCGACGAAGAAGUGCAGAGCUACGUCGACAAGAACAUCAGCAAAAACUAUGUCUACAUAAGAACAUGCAGAAACAACGGCAAAAAAAUUUCCGCGUUUGUGAAGCUGAAAUACAAAAACGAUGCAGACACAUUUUUGAAAAAAAUUGGGGAGUACGACGAGGGGGAGGAGGAUGAAGAAGACCAAAACGAAGGGGAAAAUGAAAACGUAAUUGACAAAUUCUACAACACGAAAAAGAAAAAAAAGGAAAGAAUGAAACAGAUUCUACUUAAAGAUAAUAACAGUGGAAAAAAUGCCGAAAUUUUAUUUUUUAAAAAUAAUUAUUUAAUGAUCAAAAGGGCGGACAAUGACGUAAACAAUGAUCACCUGGGAGAAAACAUAAUCAAAAGAAACAACGACUUAAUGGAAAAAAAAAAGCAGCUCUUAAAAAAUAAAAACUUCCUGAUAAACCCGUGCAGAAUUUACGUUCGCAAUUAUCCUGCAUCCUUGGAACAAAAUUUGUUCAGGCAACUCAUAACGAAAUAUUUCACACCCCUAUUUAUGAAAAAGCACAAUUUAAAAAAAAAAGAAGCUUUCAAAAAAGCCAAUGAAAUUAUUAAGAAAAUGAAAAUUAUGAAAGAUCACACAAAGCAAAAAGAACCAACGCAAAAUGAGGAAAAAAAUAAAAAAUUAAAAGAUAAAAAAGGUAGUAACAAAAAUGGACAAAAUUUGAUAUGCUUCAUCGAUAUUAACAAACAUGAACAUGCCAAGCAAAUAAUUCACUUUCUCCAAAAUAGGAAUAUUUACGAACUCAUUAACGAAAUAAUCUACAAAAAAAAGUUUCAAACCAUUCGAAAAAAUAAAAACAUCAUGUAUGUCGAUUACUGCAUUGAAGACAUACGAAUGGUGCAUAUCAAAAAAUUAAAAGAAGAAAAAUUUUUAAAUUACAUAAGGGAAAAAAAUGGAGCGGCAACGAACUCGCUCAUCAAAAAGACUAUUAAAAAAAAGAAAAACAAACAAAGCAGGGGAAAAAGGCAACGGGAAAAAAGACGCCUUCUAAGAAUGCAAAACGAAAACACAAAUAUCGCUCAUGUAAUUAAAAACACAUCGUCAAUCCAUGUGCAACAGGCGAAUGUGACAACUGGGCAGGAAAAAAACAACGCCCAAACGAAUGGCGCACACAAAAUCAGCGCAACGAAGAAAAAGUCAAAGUUGAAGGAAAAGCAUCUGAACCAGGGUGCCCAUUCCAAGGAGCCGAGCAAAAAAAAGAAAGGCGCCUUCCAAUCCGGGGAAAAAAAAGAAAAUACAAAAAAAAAGACGAGCAAGAAAUUAAUCAAAAAGGCCGGGAAAAAAUCUACAACCAAAAAGGAUGAUGAAAUUGAAUCAAUACAAAAGGACGUUUUGAAUUUUCUCAAAAAAAACAAAAAGUAA